UUUUUUUUGGUUUUUUUGGGUGUGGUUCAUUUUCUUUUUUUUUAUUCUUCCUUGACGGCAUUUCUUCGACACGUCCUCAACAUGUCACAAACUGACGAGUCCACAGAGAUAACUGAAGGUGUGGCUUCUUUGAAAGUUCAAGGUGAAGAUGUUAAAGAAGUAGGCCACGCCGCAGUUGGGUCAAAAGUGGAACUGGAAUGGCUGCGCGAGCUCUACCUGCCCAAACAAUUAAGUGACCGAGAAGUGAACCAUGAAGACGGCACCAUUGUAUACAAGAAUAUACGAUCGUACCCACCUAUCCGUCGACUAAGACCGUCUGAGCGAAAGCGCAUUCUCGUUACUGGCGGUGCAGGAUUUGUGGGGUCCCACCUGGUCGAUCGUCUAAUGUGGAUGGGCCACGAAGUCAUUGUUCUGGACAAUUUUUUUACAGGAACCAAACGCAAUGUCGAACACUGGAUUGGUCAUCCUCAUUUUGAACUGGUGCGUCAUGACGUGGUGGACCCAUUUAUGAUCGAAGUAUCCCAGAUUUAUCACUUGGCUUGUCCUGCGUCUCCUCCUCAUUAUCAAUACAACCCGACCAAAACCGUGAAAACCAGUGUGAUGGGCACAAUCAAUAUGCUUGGUUUAGCCAAACGAACCAAAGCAAGGUUCUUAUUAACUUCCACAUCGGAGGUGUAUGGUGAUCCCGAGGAACAUCCUCAGAAAGAAACUUAUUGGGGUCAUGUGAAUCCCAUCGGACCAAGAGCUUGUUACGACGAAGGCAAACGUAUUGCUGAAACUCUAACGUACGCUUACAUGCGCCAGAACGAUGUGGACGUCCGUGUGGCACGAAUCUUCAAUACCUUUGGACCUCGCAUGUCGCCUGCUGAUGGACGAGUCGUUAGCAAUUUUAUCAUGCAAGCACUCAAGGGCGAAUCGCUGACAUUGUAUGGUGACGGCCAGCAAACGCGUUCAUUCCAGUACAUACACGAUCUUGUGGAUGGGUUGAUUUUGUUGAUGAAUAGGAAUUAUAUGGAACCUGUGAAUUUGGGCAAUCCUGAUGAGUACUCCAUCAAGGACUUUGCCGAUAUCAUUCGCGAAAAGGUCUUGACUCCUCCGUUGUCGGCCAGUAGUGUCGAUAUUAAAAUCUUGCCGGCGGCAAUGGAUGAUCCAAAGAAACGCAAACCCGAUAUUUCUCGAGCGAAAAAGUACAUUGGUUGGGAACCCCGAUUUUCGGUCAAACAAGGCUUGCAAGAAACGGUCGACUGGUUCAAAUUACAGAUGGCAGAAGGAUUGAUCUAACAAUGACUUUGAUGCGCCCAACUUUUUCUCCAUCUUACAGCACAUACACAAAAACCCAUUAUCCGCAUCUUUUGCAUCAGUUACACCUUUCCCCUUUUUUUCUUGUUCUUCGCUAUCUACUUUCCUUUUCCGUACCCCAUCCUAUUGAUCUGUGAUUCAUACAAAUCCAAAUGUGCACACGAAAUAUCUUGUUCUUUUUUCCCAU